AUGCUUAGAACACUCUGUUCGGUGAACUGUGCAUACACUACUUGUCUUCGUGUCUUAAUUGUGGUUAAUUCACUUGUUGAUGAACUGCCAGGUUCGGUGAGCGACUUAAAACUUGUACACUAUCUUGACAUCUCGAACACCGAGAUUCUAAAAUUUCCAGAUUCAAUUUCAGAACUAUACAAUCUGCAAACCUUGAGACUCUAUGAUCUGAUAGAGUUGCCAAAGAAUUAUGAGAAUCUGGUCAGUUUGAAAGACCUUUAUAUUGAGAGGUUCGAGGGCUUCGACAGACUGAGUGCUGUGCCUCUUCAAUUUCGAAAGGUAAUCAAUCCUUCUUCUUUUAAAGCAUGCUUUAAAGCAUAUCUACACUGCAAGUGUCCGAUUGAGAAGUUAGACACGUUAUUGGAGCGUCCAGAUUUGUGUUAUCAUUUCAGCAUUUACCGCCUCGAGAAUGUGGAUCGCUAUGAGGAGGCCACCAAAGCAAAGCUAUCAAUUAUGUCAAAAACAGAAUGCUUAAGGCUUCAUUGGAAAUGCGAGGAGGGAAAACAACAAUGA